AUGAGCGGUGAGCCGGUGCCGCCCAUCUUUCUGAACUGCUCCAGUAUAUUCAUAUUCGGAAAAGAUGAAAAAUAUGCCAGCUGUCCGAUAGAAAAUGGCACUGAUCCGUGUUAUUUACUCAAAGAAGUUCAUCGAGCAAAGGAGUUCCGAACUUAUUUUCUAGCGAUACUUCCAAUAGUUCUCUCUGUGAUUGCAUGUCUACUUAAUAUUGGUUAUUUGAUGGCUCAACUGAAAUGUUUUAGCCAAGAGAAGACUAGCUUCAAAAAGCGCCAAGUGUUUCUGAUAAGUCGUUCCCUAUCAAUUAUUCUGGCUAAUUUGUUAUUUUAUGUUGUUGUUAUUGUUUGGAAAGCUAAUGGAUUUGUCUAUACUUCUGCAAUGAUAUUUAUUCUCAUUGGAGGAAUCAACUUUUUAUCCGUCACAGGAACAUAUAUUGGUCUCACAAUCCUACUUUACACAGCAAUUGUCCAUCAGUUUUGGUACAUGACAAAACUAACUCUAACACAUUGUUGGCUUAUUAUUGGAUUGAUUUGGAUUCUUUCGACUGCUUCAUCGGUGUGCAUUGGUCUAUGGGGAGCAACAUUAUUCUAUCCUGAAUCUGCUCCAAUAUCUUGUUCAUUCGAAUCAUGUCAGCAACCACUGGCUAUCAUUAUUGUAGUUGGAUUAUCAAUAUGUUAUGGAACAGUUAUUGUUCUUUAUAUUGCAAUGAUGACAAGGUUGCAUCGACUCGUUCGAAAAUCAUCACUUGUUCAAUCAAGAUCCAAAUCCAACAGUAUGACAGCAAUGAAACGACUUGGAUUGAAUAUGAUAACGUUCGCUGUUGGAAGUGUUCCAAUUCUCAUCGUUUGUAUUGUUGCUCUUGCAAAUCUCCGUGACUUAUCUUCACUUGGAGAAGGAUGUAAAAGUCCUUGUAAGACAUUUCUUCACAGUUCGCUCUUUGUCGAAGUUGAGAUUUUGGCAAGUGUCGCUGCUAUAGUAUGGAUCAUCGCAAUGAUAGCCGAUCCAGUCAUCAACAUAUUGGCUGACAAGAAGCUUCGUGGAGUAUUCGCAAAACAGAUAACACGGGUUUCACAAAGAAUGCGACGAGCCUCAACAAAAUCCACAAUUUCGACGGAUGAUCAAUAA